AAACCGACAAAUUAUCAUUAUCUUGGCUGUGACUUGUAAGAGUCAGACAUCACAAAAAACGUUGCAUCACUUCCAACUUUGCCCCCAUCACCAUGAUCUCACUUCCUAGAACCACCUUCCUGAGGAGCAAAGAUAUCAAUAACUCUACUACUGCCACUACAACUACUAGCAGUUCUUCUGGGGAAGCUAGAAAAGCUUUCAUCACUUGUUCUUUGAAUUUUAAGAAGUUUUUUUUUAAAAGAGAAGUUAAAGGUAUGGAGCAUACUUCUGCUAAGGACAUGGUUGAUGAGAAAACCGCCGUCGGUGGCGGUGUUCAAGACGUCUACGGUGAGGAUUCCGCCACCGAGGAUCAGCUCGUUACACCAUGGACCGUUUCUGUUGCUAGUGGAUAUUCAUUGUUGAGGGAUCCACACUUCAACAAAGGACUGGCCUUCUCGGAAAGAGAGAGGGAUGCGCACUACUUGCGCGGUCUUCUACCUCCGACAGAAAUCUCUCAGCAACUUCAGGAGAAGAAAACAAUGCACAAUAUUCGCCAGUAUCAGGUUCCGUUGCAGAAGUACAUAGCCAUGAUGGACCUACAGGAAAGAAAUGAAAGGCUGUUCUACAAGAUUCUUAUUGACAAUGUUGAAGAACUACUCCCAAUUGUUUAUACACCCACUGUUGGUGAGGCUUGUCAGAAAUACGGAAGCAUCUUCAAGCAUCCUCAGGGUCUAUACAUUAGUUUGAAGGAGAAGGGAAGAAUUCUUGAAGUUUUGAGGAAUUGGCCUGAGAGAACCAUACAAGUUAUAGUUGUGACUGAUGGUGAACGGAUUUUGGGGCUCGGUGACCUUGGUUGUCAGGGGAUGGGAAUACCUGUGGGAAAAUUGGCUCUUUAUACAGCUCUUGGAGGAGUCCGUCCAUCAGCUUGUUUGCCAAUAACCAUUGAUGUCGGGACAAACAGUGAGCAAAUGUUGAAAGAUGAGUUCUACAUUGGUCUAAGACAAAAAAGAGCAACCGGACAGGAAUAUGAUGAGCUUCUUGACGAGUUCAUGAGUGCAGUGAAGCAGAACUAUGGAGAAAAAGUUCUUAUACAGUUUGAAGACUUUGCCAACCACAAUGCCUUCAAGCUGCUCUCAAAAUACUCAACAAGUCAUCUUGUGUUCAAUGAUGAUAUUCAGGGAACGGCAUCUGUUGUUCUAGCAGGUGUUGUUGCAGCACUGAAAUUAGUUGGCGGCACCUUGGCUGAACACACAUUCUUAUUCCUUGGAGCUGGGGAAGCUGGGACAGGUAUAGCUGAGCUUAUUGCUCUUGAGAUGUCAAAACAGACAAAAGUACCUUUGGAAGAAACUCGCAAGAAGAUUUGGCUUGUUGACUCUAAGGGGUUGAUUGUCAGGUCACGAAACAGUUCACUUCAAGAAUUCAAGAAGCCGUGGGCUCAUGAACACGAACCUCUUGGCGAUCUCUUAAGUGCUGUCAAGGCAAUUAAGCCGACAGUAUUGAUUGGAUCAUCUGGAGUAGGAAAACAAUUUACAAAAGAAGUUAUUGAAGCCAUGGCCUCUUUUAACGAGAAACCUCUGAUUAUGGCUCUCUCUAACCCUACAACGCAAUCAGAAUGUACUGCUGAAGAAGCUUAUACUUGGACUAAGGGUCGUACCAUUUUCGCCAGUGGAAGUCCUUUUGAUCCUGUUGAGUAUGAGGGAAAAACUUUUGUUCCUGGCCAGGCUAACAAUGCCUACAUCUUCCCGGGAUUUGGGCUGGGUUUAGUCAUGUCUGGUGCUAUUCGAGUCCACGAUGACAUGCUUCUGUCAGCUUCGGAAGCCUUAGCUGGGCAAGUGACACAAGAGAACUAUGAAAAUGGGAUGAUUUAUCCACCGUUCUCCAAUAUUAGGAAGAUAUCAGCUCAUAUCGCUGCUAAUGUUGCUGCCAAGGCCUAUGAUCUAGGUUUGGCAAGUCGCCUUCCUCGUCCAGAAAACCUUGUUAAGUAUGCAGAGAGUUGUAUGUAUAGCCCUGCUUACCGCAGCUACAGAUAAAUGAGUAAACAACAGCAAAAACAGGCAUACAGCAAGUGUGUUGUCUCUCUCUAUGUGUUUUUUCGAAGGCGAAUCUGUUUCUUUGUAUGAUUCAGUUUGUAAUUAAGCGAAUAAUUACCUUCAGCAAUGCAUUGUAUUGUGUGUUUUGAAUGUGUUUGGCUCAUGUCUUUAAGCGUCUACUACAGACGGUUUGUUUAUAUGCUGACGGAAAUGUAACCGUAACUCUGUAAGUGUGUGUGACGAAAUCUCGUAAAUAAAUGGUGUUGCAUGUCAUUUUUAUCCUUUGAAUAAACAAACUGUCUUAA